AUGUCGUGGCAAGGAUACGUCGAUAACAACCUCGUUGGUACAGGCAAAGUGUCGUCAGCCUGCAUCGUAGGUCUGAAAGGUGGCGUCUGGGCAUCGUCACCCAGCUUGAACCUGAGCACGGAAGAGCAGCAUGCGAUUAUCCAGGGCCUGGCUGACCCUUCGCACCUGCAGGCCAAUGGCGUGUAUGUGAGCGGAAAAAAGUACUUGACGCUCCAAGCAAAUCCUCGCUCGAUCUAUGGCAAGGCUGGCGGUGAUGGACUCUGCAUUGUGCGCACCAACCAGGCCUUGCUGAUUGGAGUAUACAACUCGCCUCUGCUCCCAGGCGACGCCAACAAGGUCGUUGAAGGCUUGGCAGACUACCUCAUUUCCGUAGGUUACUAA